GCGGAGUGGCUGCGGAGCGUUUUCUCCAGUGUGGCUAGAACGGUGUGCGCGGAGGCGAUGCUCGGCUGAGGGAUCGGCGGGCGCUGUUCUUCCUCCCUUCAUCACCUCCUCCUCCCUCGUCCCAGCUGGUCUCUUCCCAAGCGCAUCAUCGGGAUCAGGGUGCCGCUGCUCCGCUGGCGGCGGCUCGGCUCGGCGACGGGAUGGCAGAGCAACUGUGCUCCGAGCGCCAGAUCCCGCACAUCCAAAAGGAUAACCUCUUAAAGAGUCCCGGGAGCUCAUCGAAUGACCUGGGCGCCCGGCUGGGCUGCGCGCUGGCGUCGCAGCUGCACCUGAAGCCGCCCUCGCAGUUCCUGUCCACCUCGACCGCCGGCGGCCGCGGCCCGCUCUCGUCGGCGCUCUCGCAGAGGCUGUCGCGCGCCGUCGCCGGCGCGGCGAGUAGCAGCAGCGCCCUGUGGGACAAGUCCACCUCGCUGCCCAGCAUCGCCGUCCAGAGGGUCGGCCUGCUGCACCACGCGUCCUCCGGCGGCAGCGCGGCUGCUGCGGCCAGCACGAGCGCCGGCGUCGCCGCUUCGUCGCGCCUCUCGUCGGCAACACGCUGCUCCUUAACGGCGACGGCCGCCGCCGCCGGCGCGGCAAACGCGACGCCGGCGUCGCAGCCGGCGUCCUGCGGCGCGGCGCUGCCGCCCGUCUCGGCAGCGGUCUCCUCUUGCUCCUCAUCCUCGAUGCAUAGCGUUGCGUGUCGGAGCCAGAGCUGCAGUAACAACAAUAACAAUGGCACCAACGGCGUCAACGGCGGCGGCAGCUCGUCGGAGCUGCGCGCAAGCUUGGACUCCUCCAGCUGCAACGGGGCACUGUCCGUUGACGGGCACCGCAGGAGGCAGUCGCCCGACGGACCGAACGUCGACCCCCACGGACGGCGGCUACCCCUCUCGCCCGCCGAGGCCCUCCUGUACUACGGCAACCGCCUGAGCAGCUACGAGCGUACCGAGGUGUCCCAGUACCGCGACGUCUGGUACCUGGGCCUGGACGCCAGCAAGAUUGAGUACGACGAAGGGGCCGGCCAGAACGGCGGUUACGACGACGAGACCGGCUCCUACAUCAAGGUGAUGCAUGACCACAUCGCGUACCGGUACGAGAUUCUUGAGGUGAUCGGGAAGGGCUCCUUCGGCCAGGUCAUCAGGGCCUUCGACCACAAGACCAAGGAGCACGUCGCGCUCAAGAUAAUACGCAACAAGAAGCGGUUUCAUCAACAGGCCCUCAUUGAGGUGAAGAUAUUAGACCACUUGAAGAAAAAGGACAAGGACCAGUAUCACAACGUCAUACACAUGUAUGACUAUUUCUACUUUAGGAACCACUUAUGCAUCACGUUUGAGCUUAUGGGCAUGAACCUCUACGAGCUUGUCAAGAAUAACAGCUACCAGGGCUUCAGUCUGAAUCUCAUCAGGAGGUUUGCCUACUCGCUCGUGCAAUGCCUACGGCUCCUCCACCGGGAGAAGAUUAUACACUGUGAUCUCAAGCCUGAAAAUAUUCUCCUCAAGCAAAGGGGCAGCAGCGCCAUCAAGGUGAUAGACUUUGGCAGCUCCUGCUUUGUACACCAAAGGGUCUACACGUAUAUCCAGUCCCGGUUCUACCGCUCGCCAGAGGUGAUCCUGGGCCUUCCGUACGGUACCGCCAUUGACAUCUGGAGCCUGGGUUGUAUACUUGCUGAGCUGUACACGGGGCUUCCCUUGUUUCCGGGCGAACACGAGGCCGACCAGCUGGCCUGCAUAAUGGAGGUGCUUGGCCUGCCACCACCUUGCGUCCUCGAGCUGGCAACACGCAGGAGGCUCUUCUUCGACUCGAAGAACGUUCCUCGUCUAACUCAGAACAGCAAAGGAAAGAAGCGAAGACCAAACUCGAAAACGCUUGCUGCUGUUUUAGGCUGCAAUGACGAGGAGUUCAUCGACUUCCUUUCCCUUUGCCUCGUGUGGAACCCCGACACCCGAGUUACCCCUGAUGAGGCACUGAGGCACUCCUGGCUUGCCAUGCCAAAGGACUCUAGGCAAAUCUACAAGACAGUGCAGGCCAUCACUGUUAAGGAGACGGAAACAGGCAACUUAUCAAACUCCUAUAAGGUCUACAAGUGUGCCAGGCCGACAGAGCAGAAGAUUACGGAGCAGAGGAAAGCCACUACAUCUAGCAGUGACACGAGCGCCUCAUCCGAGGAGUCCCCGCUUCUGCCAAGUAGCUCUGGUAGCCACUGUGGUAGCAUCAGCAACGGUCACAAGUUCCACGGUGAUCCUCUCCAGGACUCCGGCACCUUCCUGCCACCCAUCCUGUGACGCCAGCUUGACGUCCAGGCCAGAUAGGCGAGCCACUUGCAAGCGGCCGGCUGCACACAGACUGAAGAGAUCACUCCACCACCUGCUGCAUUGUGAACAGCAAAUAUGCGCAAGAUGUGUUUGCGAUGGAAAGAGUACAUCUCAUUUGGCUGUUGGUCCACCGUAUUGUUUGCAGCCUACCUAUUCUUUUGUUUCGUUUAUGCGCGAUGUACGUGAAUGCGACCUCUCGGUAAACCUUGAUCGAACUCGCGUACCAUCUGUACCACGUAUAUACACACCGAGAAACAUGCACUUUUCUUUUGCUGCUAGCCAUGCUUGUGGCAUAACCACAACAGUAAAAAAAGAAAAAAGGGGGAAAAGUAUGUGGAAGUGGCGCAAUGCUCCCAUGACAAAUGCCCUCACCCGGUCAGAAUACCUUCCAUUCUCCUCGUGUAGAUUCCUUCCUUUUUUUUUUUCGUGGUAAAUGACAUGAAUUAAUAUCAAUUAUUCUGCUAGGCAUUUGCAUUCAUCGACUCUCAUAACCAAUACAGCCGUUCUUGCAUUGAAUUGCCCUCACUUGCUAUCGAGUGGCUCACCGAAAAGACACGGAAUCCAACUUUUGUCCCCCUUGCUAUAUAAUGCCCAUGUUGGUUCCAUGUUUGAAAAAAAAUUAUUGCCAUUCUCUACGCAGUUUAGUGAAGUGCAUAUUUGGCCAUUUUCUUCCCUUUUUAUUUAUUUUCAUCUGUUUUGCAAGUGCGACCAUGGCUUUAGAGGUAGUUAUGUAAGGCUGUCAAGCCUGCAAAAUAAUCUCUCUUUGCUAUCUGGCUUAAUUCUUGAGCUUGACUGCACAUUGUAACAAUGGCAGGGUUGUGCAUAGUGUAUAAUACGAGGCCUUGGAUACGAGGCAAUGAGCAUCAUUUCGGCAGCUCAACAGUGUAUUUGAUGCAAGAAGCUCUGUCGGACAUAUUGUCCCUACAACAGACUUUUGUCACUCAAUGUGUGUACAAUCGUGAGCUUUUCCUUUGCCUGACAUUUUGAGUCUGAUUGUGUGUAUUUACUUGUCACGAACAUGCAUAGGCACUACACAACCCCUAUCCUUUGGCAACAAUCACCAUAGACCCGAAACUCCUAUAGUGGUCAUACAGGUUUGUGGUAUAAAUGAAGAAAACAUGUUAAGUAUCGUGUUUUAUGCUGCCUGAGAUAGUUAGCAUCUGAAAACCCCCACUUUUCAGCUUCAGGGUUGUAACAAGGUAUCAGUAAUGUAAAUGUGGUCGCCGGGUAGACUCUUGUUCCAGAGCACAUGACCGUAUGGUUACCAUUUAUGGUUACCAAUCGUGCUGUUUUGUAGAGCCUUGGCUUUUGUCGCAGUGCCAGUCAUGUUCAAAAUGUCCCAUCACCAACGAACAGUCUGUCCGAUUUACUGCAAUUUAAAUUAGUUACAGGUUGUGGCUUCGUACGUGACAUUCGUGAUACUAAUCACUUCAAAGCAAUUAUUUCGCACUGACUCGUAUCAUUUCCAGCAUUAAGCCUGCAUUAACAAGAUCGCCUUUGUACUCAACAGCAUUUAGACACUGGUAGGUAGUUGGUUUUUGGGUUGGUUCAUGUAACGCUGGAAAUGUAAGACAUUAAGACAGCGCUUGUGCAGAGAAACAAUGUAUGAAGGGUACAGAAUGGUUGAGUUAGUUACAGCGGCCAUACAUAAGAAAGAAAUGGAGUGUGCAGAGAAAGAGAAAUGCACUAGGUGCACCCAGUUUGUGGCUCCUGUAGUUAACGAGAAUGUGACAAAUCUAAGCUUCAAGUACAGUGGCAAACAGUCACACUACACGCCAAGUUUUUUGAAACGUCGGUGCAACCACAUAUGCCGGACGCUGUGCAAGCACCGAUGGUCUGGCCACGAGGCUAGUUGCAUUACGUCUUGGAUCGUACAAUCAUAAGCUCAUUAUAGCGCCGGUCUUGCUGAGUCACUUUCAGUAUGUAAAGUCUGCGCAUCGCACUGUAAAACUGCGACCUGUAAAUAAAUACUGCACACUCAAAUUGAAAAGCAAAAGUGUGCGAAAAAAAGAUGUGUUUUGCUUUUCUCGUUCAAGAUGUGUAUCGCUGGAGCACGUAGUCCAGUACGCACAGACUGCGGCUGACGUGAAAUGAGAGGGGGAGCUGUGCUGUUGUGGCACUUCCCGGUUCACCUCGCGUUGUACAGCUGCACGUGGCGUCACACUACUGCAGAAGUCUUGUGUGAAAUACGUACAGCUUUGUAUUAUAGUUGCCGUGUUGAUCGCAGCGUCUUGUCAUGUGUUCUGUACCAGUGUAAUGGCAAUGUUCUUUUGCUGUUGUCGCUUUACUUGUCCCAUUUUGCAAAACUAGCUCCUGUGAACCUUCCAUAAAGAAAUGAUAUUCCAUACAGGUCUUGAGCCAGUCCUCCCUCUUGUGUCGUCAGGUUGCAGAAGCCCAUAGAAUACAGCAAUGCAUUGUCAACAUCAGGGACAUUUGCUUCGUGUAACCAGAACUGCGGAUGUGAUAGCACGUGCCGCAGCCAUUUACUACAAAAGAACAUUCACGCAUUUACAGUGUUGACGAGAUCAGUAGCUCCAACGAUAGUAUUCAAUCAUGGACUAUGCUAUACCUAAGUCCUCGCUUCAGUCAGUUUGACGACUCUUUUUAAAUAAUUGUCCACUGCUCCAUUGCAUUGUGGACGAGGGUUGCAGCCUUUGCAAAGGGUCCAGGCAGGACACAUGCAUCUAUACUUGUUAACAAGUGCAUCCAAGAGUGAUGAGUACAGAUGCUGGGUGGCAUACAAUGCGACCAUGAGAGAAAAUGCACAAUGAAUCUCUACUGUAUUUCUUGCACGCCCAGCUUUCGUUUCUUUUUCGCACCGAGUUGCAAGCAAGGUUGUGCUGUACAAUAAGACAAGGCUAUAUACCGUGUGUUCCAGUUUCUGACUGAAAUGACUCCGGUGUAACCGAACUCCUGGCAACGUAGGCUGGUAAGUGGCAUAACGAAAUGACGCUACCACAGACAUGUCACCACGAAAGGAGCGAGGCCAUUUGAAUGUGUGCCGGUGCUUCGCCUUCGCUUUAUCUCUCGGGUCAAAAUAGGUUGCGGAACUUGUAUAAAGGUGUCUAAGGUGAUUUUUAGAAACAUGAUGUUGGAGGCUUCUGAGGCACCUCAUGGUGAGGUGUCCUAGGCAAGGCUGAGAAAAAAAAAAAGCAUAUGCCAGUGUUCCAAAAUAAAAUUUGAACCACCGGAAUCUCAAAUUUUCAUCAAGUAAAACUGUAAACGUGAGAGACUUUAAUGCAUUUACCAUACACGAGUGGUGGCAGACAUAAAAUACUAUAGCCCCCUUUGCAGAAAAUGAAAGGACCAGACAGUGUAUGUGUCACAUCUGUGAGACUUUAGAAUAGUUAGUAGUAACUGUACCUUUGCCGUCAUGCCUUUUGCCAGUGGCCUGAAACCACUAUUAAUAGCGUACAAAUAGCGUACAAAUCUGCGCGGACGUUGGGGGCGAUUGCCACUGGUGACUUUAAAGCUUUUAAAGCACCGUGCACGUCAUGCUUGUCGCUUUCCUGCACUUUAUUCUCAUACAGAGGAGUAACCAUACAAAAAAAAAAGUGAAUGUAUAAUUGCCAGCAUCAAAUAAACAAUAUAAACAAGAAAAAUGUGCCCAACAUGUAGGAUAUGCGUACACAUUACGUUUCUCGCAGUUAUGCGCUAGUAAACGUUGGAUGCUUUACACAGAGAUAAAAUGCCCUCCUGCAGCUUUGUGAAUACCAAUGCUUGUUUGUUUGCUUAAUUUUCAUGCAUUGUCACCUUUUACUGCGUCGGGCAUAUCAUGUACUACUAAACGGUUCCCUUUGAAAGCUAACUUGCCAUUUCCUGAUAUGCUGAAGUCACGAAAACUAGGAACAUUUGUUGUUAGAAUAUGCAAGCAUGUAAACUUUGCCUUGUGCAGAUUUGAAUUUUUUAGGUUUGCAUACAUUGUGCCACAUACAUUGGCUCUUCUCUUAGAAAAGGUAUCGGUAACACUACACAACACUCAGGCUUUUUUUGUGCAUCUAUUACUGUCAAACUGUGCAGAAAAAUAAGUUAUUUUAUGUUAGGUUUAGUAGCACGAGAGCAGCUAAGGCUAUGCUGCACCCAAAAUAAGGAGAAUAAGAAACAAAAUGGGGGAAAGUUUGGUUUCGAUAGGGUAACGAGAGUGAAAAUCUUGCAGUACUUUGUUGUUCGGUUUUAACUUCACAUUCUUUUCUGUUUUAUUGAUAACUGCUAACUGAUAACUUUCUUGUUUUAUUGAUAAUUUUUUUACGCAUGGAAGAAUGAGAGACAGCAAGAUGAAUUCUUGUUCUCAUGAAAUGUCUGAAUUCCAUCAACCUUCAAACUUCAGUCUCUUUCGCUGUGUUGCAGGUAUGAAAGAUGAGGUUGUUUUUUCACUGUUGUUUGCUCUGCGAUUCGGUUGACUUAAUUAAGAAAAAUACUGAAAGGUUUUCAUAAUUAGAGCCUCUCUAAAAGACAUAAGUCAACUUACCAUUCACACUUAAAUCGUUAAGAUGAGUUUCUGCACUCUGAUGUCAAUCUAACAUUUUUCCAAUAUGUUUGAGUGUUUCGUCUGCCUCCCCAUGUCCCAUUGUGUCGCGGUUACUCAUUUUUGUUGUUGCUGCUGCUGUUGUUGUUAGAAGCAAAGAAAUGCUAUGCUUGUGACGCUGUUUUCUUGUGCAGUGAUUAACUGUAACAACAUUUAUGACGAAUCUUUGCUUGUGCAGUCUUAAGUCGCCUUUUCUCAUAAAUCAUUCCCUACAGAAGUGGUAGAGAGGCUUGAUGGGGUUGUUGGACAGCCUCUGCUUGGCUACUGUCACAGAGUUCAGGAAACCGUGGGAUCUAUUGCGAUAGAGGACGCCAAGCGGUUGUGGGCAACGGUUUCCUUAAAUGUUGGAGAAUGAGCGGCUUGAAGAUCCAGUUCCCUUCUUGUUUCCCAAUGUCUAGCAAAUCUAGUCGUGCUUCGUGAUGCACACGCAAUCGUGCUCCCUGCACGGUCAGUUACGUCCCCCGCGAGUGUCUAGUUUUUCCUCCUUCUGUAUAGAUUGUUCGGUCUGCGUAACCUUGUUUGUACGAGUGCCAGUGUACUCCGUUAUGUCUUUUCUCUUUCACAUACUGUCGGUCCAACUUUCGUGUUCACUGUCUUGCCCCCAUCCCCCAACUUGUCCAGCUGCGUGUAGUGGCCAGUCAAGAUUCUUGUGUACCUCGCUCGGAAGGCUUUUGGAUAUGAGAAAUUUUCCACGUUAAAAGCGCUUGUUCAAUAACUAAUCUCUUCACACACACAGAAACGGCAUGUGAAUGUGGGAGCAUCUCGCACACUCGCUUGCAGCAGCUCCUUCAUAAAAGGAAAUACGACACCGAAUCGACAUGCAGCCAACUCGAAAUUCCCGCCAGGAAUUUCAUCAUGUAACAAUGAUAAUCUGCGUCAACUAUAAGGGGCCCAAUGCUUUUGUUAUUGGCGUCGCAACGCUUACUGCCCAUUUGACACGUGCGAAGGGAUGGCACAGAUUCAUUUUUCGAAUACAGGUGCCCCCUCUGUAAAUGUGUUUAUUUUCAGAGCUGUCCAGUAUGGAGAGCUCUGAAUGUGGCCUAUUGUGGCUAAACACUGGCAAUGGAAGCUGUUGCUUAGGAAAUAUGUACACUAUUUGCAUUUAUAAAUCACACUGCCUGCUGCCUAACCUCUCAAAGACAGCAGACGAGCUUAAUUUGUCUCGCGCGUCUUCACAAAAAAAAAAAAAAAAGGAAGACUAAUGAUGAGCCCCGCUUGUCCAGUGCUUACUUGCUUUUCAGGUAGGGCUGAAGUCAAUUUGAGCUCUGGUGUUGCUCAACGCAUCAUUCAAGUGGUGCAUGUGUAUUUUAUGUUUGUCAGUGAAGAAAAUGCAUUCAUAUAGGACAUACAACAGCAUUAGCCUGCGUUGUCUAUAUGGUACAUUCUGUUGAGCGCUUUUCUAUUAAUACAAAUUGUUUAAUUAUAGAAUUGCAUUAGGUAAUGUGAACACACUAACCAAUAUCAAGUAUUACAUAUGGCAACCAGCAACUGUUUAGGCUCGCAGUGUUCAGCAGCUCUUUAUUAAUAAUCUGUCAAAUAACCGACACUGGAACAAUACGUGACGAGCCAAUGCCGUCUUCAAAGCCGCCCUCCGCAGAGAGCUCUGGUCAUAUCACUCGCUUUUCUUCGCAUGUUCCUUCCCUUACAUUGUGACUUGGUGUGUAUACUAUUUAUGGUGUCUACUUCCAUACAUUUACUUAAAUCGUGCAAGAGCGCACAUGGUUUCUGGUGAACGCUAAAUCUGUUGAGUGAUGUCAUGGGUGCCUUUGACAAGAGAGAGAGUGGAAGUGAUAACAAAUGAAAUAUAAACACAAGAAUCCAUGAAGCGCAGUUGACAUGUGAUUGGACUGCAAAUGAAAUCAAUGUGCAAAUAAAACAUUGGUUUUGCUCUCUGGUCUGAAAUAA